UGGUCCGCCAUCAUUGAGUAGAGAGAAUCGAGACUGGUUGAGCAGAGAGUGGCAGCAGGUGGAGCAGUGACAACAACAACACAGAGAGUGGGAGAGAGACCCCGGACAUAGGUCUUGGGGGAAUAUUUGUUCACCAUUUGAUUGUGCCCCUUUACUAGCCCAAAAUAGGUUUUCAUGAUUAAACAGGGACGACGCAAUCACUAACAUGUCCAACAUGUCCAACCUGACCAAAACCAACAAGAAGGACCCCAAGAUGAGGAUAAGAGCCUUUCCAAUGACUAUGGAUGAAAAGUAUGUCAACAACAUCUGGGACCUCCUGAAGAAUGCCAUCCAGGAGAUCCAGAGGAAGAACAACAGCGGUCUGAGCUUCGAGGAGCUCUACCGGAACGCCUACACCAUGGUGCUGCACAAACAUGGCGAAAAGCUGUACACGGGACUGCGAGAGGUCGUCACCGAGCACCUCAUCAACAAAGUACGAGAAGAUGUCCUGAACUCCUUAAACAACAACUUCCUCCAGACGUUAAACCAGGCGUGGAACGACCACCAGACAGCUAUGGUCAUGAUACGAGACAUCCUCAUGUAUAUGGAUCGGGUGUAUGUCCAACAGAAUAAUGUGGAGAAUGUGUACAACCUAGGCCUCAUCAUAUUCAGGGACCAGGUGGUGCGCUACGGCUGCAUCCGAGACCACCUGAGACAAACGCUCCUGGACAUGAUCGCCCGGGAGAGGAAGGGGGAGGUGGUCGACAGGGGAGCUAUUCGUAACGCAUGCCUGAUGCAAGUGAUCCUCAGUCUGGAGGGCCGGUCUGUGUACGAGGAGGACUUUGAGGCCCCCUUUUUAGAAAUGUCUGCAGAGUUCUUCCAGAUGGAAAGUCAGAAGUUCCUAGCCGAAAAUAGUGCCAGCGUUUACAUUAAGAAGGUGGAGGCGCGGAUCAACGAGGAGAUCGAGCGGGUGAUGCACUGCCUGGACAAGUCAACGGAGGAGCCGAUCGUGAAGGUGGUGGAGCGUGAGCUCAUCUCCAAGCACAUGAAGACAAUCGUGGAGAUGGAGAACUCUGGCCUGGUCCACAUGCUGAAGAACGGCAAGACGGAGGACCUGGCCUGCAUGUAUAAGCUGUUCAGCCGCGUGCCCAGCGGCCUGAAGACCAUGUGUGAGUGCAUGAGUGCCUACCUGAGGGAGCAGGGCAAGGCCCUGGUGUCGGAGGAGGGGGAGGGAAAGAACCCUGUGGACUACAUCCAGGGUUUAUUGGACUUGAAGACACGAUUCGACCGCUUCCUACAGGAAUCCUUUAACACUGACCGGCUCUUCAAGCAGACCAUCGCCGGAGACUUUGAGUACUUCCUCAACCUCAACUCCCGCUCGCCCGAGUACCUCUCCCUGUUUAUCGACGACAAGCUGAAGAAGGGAGUCAAAGGACUGACAGAGCAGGAGGUGGAGUCGAUCCUGGACAAGGCCAUGGUGCUGUUCAGGUACAUGCAGGAGAAGGAUGUGUUUGAGAGGUACUACAAGCAGCACCUGGCCCGAAGGCUCCUCACCAACAAGAGCGUCUCUGACGACUCCGAGAAGAACAUGAUCUCCAAACUCAAGACAGAGUGUGGUUGUCAGUUCACCUCCAAACUGGAAGGCAUGUUCAGGGACAUGAGCAUCUCCAACACAACCAUGGACGAGUUCCGGCAACACUUGCAGUCAACCGCCGUGUCCUUAGGAGGUGUUGACCUCACUGUGAGAGUCCUCACCACGGGCUACUGGCCCACACAGUCAGCCACCCCGAAGUGCACCAUCCCCAACUCCCCCAGACACGCCUUUGAAGUCUUCAGAAGGUUCUACUUGGCCAAACACAGUGGCAGGCAGCUCACCCUGCAGCACCACAUGGGAUCCGCAGACCUCAACGCCACCUUCUACGGCUCUAUUAAGAAGGAGGACGGCUCUGAGUUGGGCGUAGGUGGAGCACAGGUGACGGGCUCAAACACACGGAAGCACAUACUACAGGUGUCCACCUUCCAGAUGACCAUUCUCAUGCUCUUCAACAACCUGGAGAAGUACAAUUUCGAGGAGAUCCAGCAGGAGACGGACAUACCCGAGCGGGAGUUGGUGCGGGCGCUGCAGUCUCUGGCCUGCGGGAAGCCCACGCAGCGGGUUCUCACCAAGGAGCCCAAGUCCAAGGAGAUCGAGAACGGCCACGUGUUUACAGUCAACAACCAGUUCACCUCCAAACUGCACAGAGUAAAGAUCCAGACAGUUGCUGCUAAGCAGGGCGAGUCUGAUCCUGAGCGGAAGGAGACGCGGCAGAAGGUGGACGAUGACAGGAAGCAUGAGAUCGAGGCGGCCAUCGUCCGCAUCAUGAAGUCCCGCAAAAUGAUGCAGCACAACAUCCUGGUAGCAGAGGUCACCACGCAGCUGAAAUCGCGCUUCCUACCCAGUCCUGUGGUUAUCAAGAAACGUAUUGAAGGACUUAUAGAGAGGGAAUACUUGGCACGGACGGCCGAGGAUCGCAAAGUGUACACCUACGUAGCGUAGGGAGCGCUGGACACAAAGGAGGGCACAAGAGGAGUGAGCCAAAAAAAAGAAAGAAAAGAAAAAGAAAAAAAAAGUUUUGUGACUGUUCUUCGCAUGGACUGGAAGUUUCUUAGAAAUGUGAAGACUGCAGGGAAGCACUUCCGUCUCCCUCGCUAAACACACAGCUAAUCCAUAAGGUCCGACAAUAAACGGAAUCAACUCACGAAAAUAAACAAUCCAUCACGUGUCGUAGGUUACUUCGCAAUCAGGCAACUUUACUCCCUGUCUGAGAUUCAACAUGGAUGGAUCCAGCUUCAAGCUUUUCACUGUUUUAUCCUUGUAGAGUUCAACCUUAUACAAGAAUCCCAUGGCAAAAUGUGAACGCACAUUUUUUUUUUCAAUACUGUAUUAAAAAAAUACAAAAAAAAUAAUUAUAAAAAAGCAGCACAUGUGGAUUGCUUACAAAACGAAAAUAAAAUAAAAAUAAAGUUAAUAUUGAAUUCUCA